AUGAAAGAUUGGUAUGAGACAGAAAUUAGAGGUCUUAAAGAAAAGCUUGCAACUUACGAAGAUCCGGCCAGAAAGAUGAAGGAAAUAUCAGAAACAGCAAAAAUCACAUUCCAAAAUGGACUGGACUUGGUGGUACUGAAGUUUGAGGAGGGCCAUAAGAACUUUCUGAACCAGAUUUCCAAAAUGUCGAAUGAUCUUGAGUCUGCGAAAACGUGGGUUACAGGGACAGCAGGUGAGAUGAAACGAUUAAAGCACAAUGCAGAAUGCUUGGUCACACAACUGAAUGAGAAGGAAGAACAAGAGGGUGUGUUAAGAGACAAAGUUUGUGAGUUAGAAGCAUUGGCAAGCAAGGAAGCUGAAGAGAAGUUGAACAUGACGAAAGGCUUGAGCCAACUUGAGGAGCAGGUGGGAAAUCUGGAGAGGAAAUUGAAAGACAAGGAUGAAGACUUAUUGAUCCUCGGAGAGGAGAAGAGGGAAGCCAUAAGGCAGCUCUGUGUCUUGAUUGAUCAUCACCGGAGCCGCUACGAUGAUCUUAAGGAAGUAGUCUCAAAGAGGGCAGCUGCUGCUAGGAGCAGGGCAGUUACUUAG